CGGGAAACCAAGAUGCCUCGUUAUAUGUCUGUUCCUCGUCUUGGUUGCAAUUGUAAUAAUGCACAAACACAAAAGAGUCAUAAUAAAGAUCAAGAAUCAGUACAUAUACAAUGAUACCGAAUAUUAUAACGCUGCUGAAUAUGAAGAUGAAGAAUACGAGGAUUCUAACGAUGUAAAGCCGGAAGUGGAGAUCCCUGUGGAAUGGUGGCAAAAGGAGUUAUGCAGGCCAGAUGUCCUGAAUCUAAAGCCUUCCACGACGUAUUUGAGGUUACCGAUGCUUGGCAGCGAUAUCGUUCCCAGCCAGAAUGACUACAAUAUAUUCUUGGGAGAGACAGCGUGCAACCCUAGACCAUUGUACAGGGCAUGGUGUUCUGUUGAAAGCUAUGCGCACGAGAACCCCCUGGCCAAGGUCUGGUUCCAUACCACGUCUCCCGUGAUUGACAACGGAGAUGGCCUCAUCACGAACCUCGAGGAGGCCUACGAGAACCUGAAGGUUGUAGGCACUGACCUCACCAAGAUUUUCAAUGGAACUCCGUGCGAGAAGAUAUUCAUGGCAGGGAAAUGGGCGCACAAUACACCUUGGCCUGCGAACAACGUAUCCAACUUGCUGAGAAAUGUGCUGCUGUGGCUGUGGGGAGGUUUGAACAGCGACACCGACUGUAUCUGCGUGAGGAACCUUACCCACAUACGGAACAUGGUUUCUUACGACGAAGAAGGCAAAGUGGCCAACAACGCCAUCAUGCACUUUGACGCCGGCCACCAGUUCGCUUUCGAGCUUAUGGCAUACCUGAAGAAGAACUUUAAGAUCGCAACGUGGAAGGUCAACGGUCCCGGGGCAGCGACAGAAGUGGCGAAAAAGCUGUGUAAAAACAAGGACCUGAAUGAAGUGUAUCUCCACCAAUGCGACAGUGUGGAGCUGAGACCUCUGAGGGAGAUGCAGCUCCUGCGUUGGCCCCUGUGGAAGAAGUUCUUCCAUGACGACAAGGGAGAACACUUCUCGAAGAACCAUCCAGACGCCUACAUCGUACAUCUGUAUAACAAGCUCAGCAAGAAGACGCCCAUUAAAAUAGGAAGCAAGGGGAUCUAUGAUGCAAUUGCCAAAGAACACUGUCCUAUCACCUAUGAUGCUGCCAAGCGGAGAUCCUACUUCUUCUAAGGCACUAAAUGCUGUUUCUUUCAAACCAUCAUGGAGGUAGUUUUAUAUGAAUAUUUUAUAAACAAUGUCUCUCAGCCUGGCGUUACACAGAUUAGUCUAGACGUCUUUUUUAACCUUGAUUUUUUUUUCCUGAAUUCUUGUUUUGUCACCAACUUAUUAAACAAUAGGUAUUCGGCGAUGGAUAGGGCGAGUAUUUUCCCCCAUUUAAAUCAGUGUCAAGGUUAUGUAAUACACAGUUAACCAAUACUAUUUUUGAACCAAUGCAUUGUUACUUUCAAUACGUGAUUUUGUAUUGUUUUCUGUUAUUGCUGUCUGAUGGUAAUAAGUACUACGCUGCGUCCCUUGGUGAUAGUAUAGAUGAAGGUCAAGGCAAUGGUUUAUUUAGUUCCAAAAAAUCAUAAUUUGUAAUUUUGUAUUUCUCUGCCAUUGUUGCGAUGGCCUAGAAUAUUUAAAAAGGCAUCAAUAUACAUUGUUUUUGAGAUAAAAAAAAAAAUAAUAAUAAUGAUAAACGUAAAAGCAAACAAAUGUCAAUAAGGUAUAAGAAUCAGAUGCACUGUUGUUGGAAUUUCUGUAAAUUUUCAACUCCUUAUUUGUCUGUAAGUAUGACUGUUCAUGUAUAUCACUACUUAAAGAUAUUUCGUUCCCUUUGUCACUGCACGGCUGAGAUGUAAGCAAAUUUUUAUUUCUUAAUAAAAUUUUGUUCGAAAUGA